UGACGCCACUUCCUUCUCCGCUGGCCGACCGCUCCUGAGGGCCCGGAGCCAUGAAGGCCAUCAUCCAGCGCGUCGCCCAGGCCAGCGUGACAGUUGGUGGGGAGCAAAUAAGCUCCAUUGGACAAGGCAUUUGUGUCCUGCUGGGUAUCUCAGUGGAAGACACUCAGAAAGAGCUUGAGCACAUGGUUAGAAAGAUUUUAAACCUACGUGUGUUUGAAGAUGAAAGUGGCAAACACUGGUCUAAAAGUGUAAUGGACAAGCAGUAUGAAGUGCUCUGUGUCAGCCAGUUUACUCUUCAGUGUAUCCUGAAAGGAAACAAGCCAGACUAUCAUAUGGCAAUGCCUACAGAUCAAGCAGAGUCUUUCUAUAACAGUUUCCUAGAACACCUUCGCAAAUCAUACAAGCCAGAGCUCAUUAAAGAUGGCAAAUUUGGUGAAUAUAUGCAGGUACAUAUUCAGAAUGAUGGACCUGUGACUAUAGAACUGGAGUCUCCUGCCCCUCCCAUUGACCCAAAGCAGCUGGCAAAACUUGAGAAACAGCAGCAGAGGAAAGAGAAGACCCGGAUGAAGGCACCCUCUGAAUCAAGCAGAGAGAGAAAUGUUCCUAGAAGUAAAAAUGAUCCUAGUGCAAGCAGUGGGGCUGAGGGAGAUGUGUCUUCAGAAAGGGAACCAUAACUUAUGAAAAGCAGGUUCAG